ACAUGAAUAUUUUUCAGAUCUAAAUAGUAAAAUAUUAAGUUGUAGAUAUAUAUAUAAAUCCUAAGGAUGGGUAGUGAUGAUGAAUUAGAGGCAGGGUCAGGAGAAGAACAAGAAGAGGUUGUAGAAUCCGAAGAUGACGGAGCUAAGGACGGAGAAGAAGAUUCUGAUUAUGGAGGAGGAGGAGGAGGUUCAAGUAAGAAGAAGAAGAGAGGAAAGAAGAGGAAGCAGAAGGAAGGAGGAAAAGGGAAGAAGAAAAAGAAGAGGAAGAAGGCUGACAGUGAUUUAUCUGAACCUGAAGAGGAAGCAGAACCUGAGGAGGAGUCUACUCCUAAACCAAGCAAACGAGGACGUAAGUCCAAAACUAUUGAAGCUCCGACUCCUAAGGAUCCAAGCCCUGAGCAGUCAAUGCCAACAGUUCAGCAGUUGUGUGAACAGUAUGGAUUGAACGAUGUUGAUCUUGAGUAUAGUGAAGCUGACUAUAGUAAUCUAACAACAUAUAAACUGUUUCAGCAAACCUACAGGACCAGGAUACAGACGGAGAACCCCAAGGUUCCUGUCGCCAAGCUCAUGAUGUUGGUCGGAGCUAAAUGGAGAGAAUUUGUAGCUUCCGGUCCUGCCGGAGAACAAGAAGAGGAGGCGGAAGAGGAAGGUGAUGAACAAGAGAAGGAUGUAGAUCAGGAACAAGAGGAGGAGGAUGAAGAAGAGGAGGAGGGAGAAGAAGGAGAAGAUGAAGAUCUUCCAUUGAGUAAUAGAGGUAGAAGAGGUCGUGGAUCUAGAACCAAGAAGAAGAAAGAUGACGAUGAUUUCGAGUUCGAGGAAGAUGAAGAUUCUGACGAGGGCGGUAGGCGGAAGAGCCGAGGACGAGUAUCCGCCUCAGCCAAGAAGGGUAAAGGCAAGAAGUCUGUUCCCAAGCUUAAGAUAAAACUGGGAGGGCGCAAGAAGAAGAAUGACAGUGACGAGGAAGAAGAAGGAGGAGGGGCUAAAGACUCUGACGAGGAGUUUGAAGAGAUGCUAAAGGAAGCUGAAACUGCUAUGGGAGAUGAAGAGGUUCAGGUCACUGCAGAGAAGAAGAAACCCAAAGGUAAGGCAAAGAUGAAGAUCGGAAACAAGAACAAGAAGAAGGGGAAGAAGAAGAAGGAUUUUGCGAACGAUGAAUCCGAGCAUCAAGAAUUCUGCGAUGUUUGUCAGCAGGGCGGAGAAAUCAUCCUAUGUGACACCUGUCCCAAAGCAUUCCAUCUGUGUUGUCUGGACCCUGAGUUGGAAGAGGCUCCUGAGGGUAAAUGGAGCUGCCCUCAUUGUGAGAAGAACGGACCUGCCAAUGUUGAAGAAUCCGAGGAUGAUGAGCAUAUGGAGUUCUGUAGGAGCUGCAAGGAGGGAGGAGAACUACUCUGCUGUGACUCCUGUCCCAACUCCUACCAUCUCAGGUGUGUUGAGCCACCUCUAGAAGAGAUUCCAGAUGGAGAAUGGACCUGUCAUAGAUGCGCUUGUGAACCAUUACCAGGCAAGGUUGAGAAAAUCUUAACCUGGAGAUGGAAGGGUAUGGAUGAGGAGAAGGAGGAAGAAGAAGAGAAGAAGGAAGCAGCGGAAGGAAAAAAGAAGAGAAGGCGCAAGAGAAUUCCUAAAGACGCUACUAGAGAAUUCUUUAUCAAGUGGAAAGACAUGUCAUACUGGCACUGUUCUUGGAUCCAGGAGAUACAGUUGGAUGUUUUCCAUGCGCAAACUCACAGAAUGUAUUUGCGUAAGAACGAUAUGGACGAACCUCAACGGUUUGACGAAGAGGGUGAGAAUGAUGAAGGAAUGACAAGACGACUGAAGCAUCAUAAAACUGACGAUCCAUUGAAACUCUACGAGAGAUUUUACAGAUAUGGUAUCCGUCCCACCUGGCUACAGAUCAAUAGGGUUCUAAACAAAAGAAUUCUCAAGGAUGGAACAGUCCAGUAUCUCAUCAAAUGGAUAGAUCUCAACUACGCUGAAUCCACCUGGGAGGAUGAGGAUGAAGAUAUCCCUGAACUCCAGCAGAUGAUUCAGAACUAUGAAGAUCUCAAGUACGUCUGCGGAGUUGAAGGUUCCAGAAAGAAGAAGAAGAAGAAGAAGGGUGAGGCGGACGAGGAAGACAGAGUAAGAAAAUACAAUCCUCCCCCAGAGAAACCUACAACCAACCUUGAUGUCAAGUACAAGGAUAACUCAAUGUGCAAAUGGCUUCCAAAGGAUCUUGCCCUUCAUCCUUACCAGCUUGAAGGUAUAUCCUGGGCCCGUCACUCCUGGCACAUGAAUACAGACAUUAUCCUGGCCGACGAGAUGGGUCUAGGGAAAACCAUUCAAACCAUUACCUUCCUUUACUCCUUGUAUAAGGAGGGGCAUUGUCGGGGCCCUUUCUUGAUCGCUGUCCCCCUCUCAACACUGAUUAAUUGGGAGAGAGAGUUUGCUCUCUGGGCUCCUGAGUUCUAUGUUGUCUCCUAUGUAGGAGAUAAAGAAUCUCGUUCAGUGAUCAGAGAUCAUGAGCUUUCCUUUGAAGAGGGUGCAGUAAGGAAAUCUGACAAGGCGUCUAAGAUUCGAUCGAGCACCGUGAAAUUCCAUGUGCUUCUCACCUCCUACGAGUGUAUAUCUAUUGAUGCUGCCUGCCUAGGCUCCCUCCAGUGGGAGGUGCUUGUCGUCGACGAGGCUCACAGGCUCAAGAACAACCAGUCAAAGUUCUUCAGAAUCCUUGCCUCCUACCAACUCAACUACAAGAUGUUGCUUACCGGUACACCGCUACAGAACAAUCUAGAAGAACUGUUCUAUCUUCUUAACUUCUUGACUCCGAGCAAGUUUAAUGAUUUAACCCAGUUCCAGUCUUCCUUUGAAGAUAUUGCUAAAGAAGAACAGGUUCGUAAGCUGCAUGAGCUGCUUGGACCCCACAUGUUGAGAAGACUGAAGGCUGAUGUACUGAAGAGUAUGCCCUCUAAGUCCGAGUUUAUCGUGAGAACCAAUCUUGCGCCUGCGCAGAAGAAGGUAUACAAGAAUAUCUUAACGAGAAACUUCGAAGCGUUGAACGCCAAGGGUGGAGCUCAAGUGUCGCUACUCAAUGUCAUGAUGGAACUCAAGAAAUGCGCGAACCAUCCUUAUCUUCUUCCAGGUCCGGCUGAAGAAGCCCCUCUAGCCCCUAACGGACUAUUCGAAAUUAACGCGAUGACCAAAUCCUGCGGAAAAUUAGUUCUUCUCCAGAAAAUGUUGAAGAAGUUAAAGGAAGACGGACACAGGGUUUUGAUUUUCUCCCAGAUGACGAAGAUGUUAGAUCUGUUGGAGGACUUCUUGGAUGGUAUUGGAAUCAAGUACGAGAGAAUUGACGGAGGUAUAACUGGAACCCUGAGACAGGAUGCUAUAGAUAGGUUCAAUCAACCUGAUGCGGAGCAAAUGUGUUUCCUUCUUUCUACAAGGGCUGGAGGUUUAGGUAUUAACCUGGCUACUGCAGACACUGUAAUCAUUUAUGAUUCUGAUUGGAAUCCUCACAAUGAUAUCCAGGCUUUCAGCAGGGCUCAUAGGAUUGGACAGACGAGUAAAGUCAUGAUCUAUAGAUUCGUCACAAGAAAUACUGUAGAGGAGCGGGUGACCCAGGUAGCGAAGAAGAAGAUGAUGUUGACCCAUCUGGUGGUCCAGCCUAAUAUGGGCGGCAAAUCUAACCUCAGCAAAAAGGAAAUCGACGAUAUUCUCAAGUUCGGAACAGAGGAGCUUUUCAAGGAGGAAGAAAUGAAUGAGGACGGUGAAUCUGGAAAUGAUAUUGUCUAUGAUGAUAAAACUGUGGCUGCUCUAUUGGACAGAUCCCAGGAGGGUAUUGAGGAAAAGGAAUCCUGGGCUAACGAAUACCUGUCCUCAUUCAAGGUUGCGACCUACCAGACCAAGGAGGGCGGAGAGGCGGAGGAAGAGGAGGUGGAGAUCUUGAAACAGGAGGCGGAUAAUACGGAUCCAGCAUACUGGGAGAAACUUCUCAGACACCACUACGAGCAGCAGCAGGAGGAUGUAUCUAGGAGUAUGGGGAAGGGUAAGCGUGUGAGGAAGCAGGUUAACUACGGGGAUGGAGGAGAGGUCGGAGUCCGUGAUGAUGGUUCCUGGCAGGAGAACGUAUCUGACUACAACUCCGACUUCAGUGUCCCCAGCGACGACGACAAGGAAGAUGACGACUUUGACGAGAAGAACGACAACGACCCUGAGGGAAAAUCACGACGUGAGCGUGAGCGAGAGCGUCGUAGGGACAAGGAUCGUCCCCUUCCUCCCCUGCUCGCUAGAGUCGGAGGAAAUAUUGAGGUUCUUGGUUUUAACGCUAGACAGAGAAAAUCCUUCCUCAACUCGAUCAUGAGGUACGGUAUGCCACCCCAGGACGUGUUCAACUCCCAGUGGUUAGUUCGAGAUCUCAGGGGUAAGUCGGAGAAAUGUUUUAAAGCUUACACUUCUCUCUUCAUGAGACAUCUGUGCGAACCUGGAAAUGAAAACACGGAAACCUUCGCUGACGGAGUUCCUCGUGAGGGAUUAUCCCGACAACACGUUCUCACGAGAAUUGGUGUCAUGUCCCUCAUCCGUAAGAAGGUUCAGGAGUUCGAGCAGAUCAACGGGAAGCACUCUAUGCCCCACCUAGUGUUGAGGAAGAAGGAAGGAGAGAAGCCUAGUGUUCCAUCUACUCCCGCAACUGGAACUCCUAGUGGAACCCCGGCAAGCUCAGCCAGAGGUAGUCCACAACCCGAGAAGAAGGAAGAGACCAAGGAGGAGGUCAUGGAGGUUGACGAGGUAAAAGAGCAUAAAGAGGUCGAGGAGAUCAAGGAAACUAAGGAUGAUAAGAAGGUAGAGGAGGGUAAAGAUGAAAAAGAAGAGAAGGCAGAGAAAGGAACAGAGAAGAAAGAAGAAAAGGAGAAGGACACUAAAGCUGAAGAAAAACCAAAGGAGAAAGAAGAGAAAGCUGAAACUGAAGCUAAAGAAGGUGACGAAUCCAAGCCUGUCCUUUUAGACGAGGAGGACGAUAAACACAAGGAUGAGAAGAAAGAGAAAGAUAAAAAGGACGAGAAGGAGGAGAAGAAGGAGAAAGAAAGAGAAGAGAAGGAAGAGGAAGAGGAUAAAAAGUUCAAAUUUAUGUUCAAUAUCGCGGACGGAGGAUUCACGGAACUGCAUACCCUCUGGCAGAACGAAGAGAAGGCCGCAGUGCCGGGCCGAGAGUUCGAGAUCUGGCAUAGAAGACAUGAUUAUUGGUUACUCUCAGGAAUUGUCUGCCACGGAUAUGGAAGAUGGCAGGAUAUCCAGAAUGAUUCCAGGUUUGCUAUCAUCAACGAACCCUUUAAGAUGGAUGUUGGUAAAGGCAACUUCCUGGAGAUCAAGAACAAGUUCCUGGCUCGCAGGUUUAAACUCUUGGAGCAGGCACUAGUGAUUGAGGAGCAGUUGAGAAGAGCUGCUUUCUUGAACCUUACUCAGGAUGCUGCGCACCCCGCGAUGGCUCUGAACUCUAGGUUUGCCGAGGUUGAAUGUUUGGCUGAAUCUCACCAACAUCUGAGCAAAGAAUCCCUGGCAGGGAACAAACCAGCCAAUGCAGUACUGCACAAGGUUCUAAACCAGUUGGAGGAACUACUGUCAGACAUGAAGAGUGAUGUAUCCCGUCUACCUGCCAGCCUGGCCAGAAUACCACCCGUUGCUCAACGAUUACAGAUGUCUGAGAGAUCUAUUCUAUCUCGUCUUGUGACCUCUGCCGCGGGCCAACCUGACUCCGGAGCUAUAUCUGCCAGUCAGCAGUUCCCGAGAGGAUACCAGUCCGGUCAACUAGCUGGAGCAUACGGAACCAACUUUGCACAGUUCAGACCACAGUAUUCAGUUCCAGGACAACAGGUUUCAAGCAGCGCUACUCCACCUCAAGCAGCUUUCCCGGGCACAGUUCCUCCUGAGAAAUAAUUAAUUAUUAAAUCUUCACACACUCCUCCCUGUAUAUUGUACUACAGGAGGGGGUAAUCCCACCCCCCUUUUCUUAAUAUGUACAAUGUACGACUCUUCUGAUUUUGUACACGGUCUGUAAAUCCGUACAUAAACAUGUCCCGUGGGGUAUAUAGCCAACCCCUUUUAGUGUACUUCUAUCUAAUAGUUGUAUUGUAAUAUUGUAGUUUCCUGAAUACAUGUACAAACAAACAA